CGGAUACGUUUCCGUCACGCGGUUCCCCGCAGCAUUUCUUUUGGAAGCAGUCACAAAUCCGCAAACAUGAACAGUUCCAACGCCCAGGAAGUCGCUCGUCAACUGAACGAAGAUCCUGCGCUCGCUCGGAAGCGUCGUAUGGAACUUCGCCGCACCGUGCUUCAGGGAGGCAACGACGCAGACGGCGUGGGGUUCAAGCGGCAGAAACUCCCAGACUUUGGAUCCGACGACGAUGACAACGUUUCCGCAGUUUCGGCAACGACUUCUUCCUCGACCGUCACUUCCGGCACACGCAAGACGCCGUCUCUGCGUGGUAUCAAGAAACAAGCUCGUUACGAGCCAGGAGUGCCAAUGUCGCGUGGGGAACUUACCGAAUGGCGCAAAGAGGCUCGUCGGGUGCGGAACCGCGAGUCCGCGGCAGCGUCGCGGGCCAAGACACGCGAACGUAUCGAAGAAUUGGAAGGCGAACUCGCAUUUCUCCGGUCCAAGUACGUCACCGCCCUCGACCGUAUUGUUCAACUAGAGUCCACUUCAUUCCACGAAGCCUUUACACCGAGCAUUCUACGCCAAGAUUUGAUGGAACAAAGACAGACUGUUGUGUCACCCUCCAGCUCUCCGUUGCCAUCUCCGGAAUAUAGCACGACCUCUCAGUUUCCUCAAGACUCUUUUUCUUUGGAUUCCUGUCAUCAUGAAGACGACCCCGGAACGUAUCAGCAUAUAAUGGGAAUGAUCUCUCGACCAACAGCAGUUUGCCUACACCUAAUCACCAACCUUCCAGCAGCGAAGAUCACUGGUGCUGAUACCUUCAUCGAGGCCUCCUCUUCAAGUGACGUGUCUUCUGAAUCGUCGUCUACGAGUGACUGCGAGGGAUGCAACGAAGAUUUGGAUCCAGCGGAAGCCGAGCUCGGCGCGUUCUUAUGGGACGCGUUUCGAGCGGACGGCAACGCCAUCGACUUUCACCUUCCUUUCGCAAACAUGGACAACGUUAUCGGAUUGUGAAAAUCACUCCGGAACGCUUGCAUUCUCUACUGCAUACGUAAUCAUUUUUUCAUUUUAAAAAAGUUCGUAUUUACUGUA